AUGCAUUCCGCGACGUAUGCAAAGGGGAAUCGAUAUGGCGUACUGGGAUACCUACCAGAGUCGGGCUCGAGGGAGGCUGAGUUGUGGGAGCUGAAUAAAACGCAAUCCCCUCUGCUGCGUCUCCCGCCAGAGAUACGCAACAAGAUUUAUCGUCUUUUGCUAUCCAAUAUCGGGAUCCAUGUCCUCCACGAUCCCAAGACGGGAUCCUUUCACUGCCUUGUCCUCCGACCCGGCGCGAACCCCUGGACAUGCGUCCCUACGACUACGACCAUGACGAGUACAAUGACGAUAGACACGACGCCUAAGAAUAAAAGGAAGAAAAGGGGGUCCACGCGACAUGAACCUGUCCUCGGCCGUGGCCUCACGCUGCUCGUGCUGGUCUGCAGACAGCUGUACCACGAGACGGAGCUGAUGCCGUACCGCGACAACGCGUGGAGCUGGCAGACGCCGGGCUUGAUGGAGCGGUACCUGCUUACAGAGCGGCGGAUGGGGUUCGCGCAGCGGAGGGUACUGAGGGAGGUUUGUGUUAGAGGGAUUGCUGGGUUUGGAAAUUGUAGUCGGAGGGUGAGGGGGGUUCUUGGUGGGUUGGAGGUUGUUUGGGGAAGGGUUGAGGCUGGGGUUGGGAAGCCUAAUUGA